AUGUUAACAUAUUUGGCAUUCACAAAGGCGACUUGGUCGGCCAUUUGGGGUGGUGGUGGUGGUGGUUCUAUUGGUAUCGAAUUGUGUGGCGGCAAUGACUGGCCCAGCAAAUCUUCAUAUUUCUCGCCAGCAACGUAUGAUGUGCUCACCGGUCGUCACCUAUUGUUUGAAAUAACGUCUAGUGCAAACGGCGAAUCAAGCAACAACAAUGUUGCUAGCGAGAAGACAACAAAGCCAACUACCACAGCUACAACAACAAAAACAACUACAACAUAAGAAACAACAACAACCAAAACAACAACAAAAACAACGACUCACAACACUUCCACAUCAAUGCAGCAGCAGCAGCAACAACAACAACAGCUGUUGCAACAACAACACCAACAGCAGCAACAGCAACAACAACAGCUUCAACUGCAGACGACGCAAAAGCAAUCACUGGCGCAGCAGUUAACCAACAACAUAAUAUUGUUGCGCGGCUCACGGAAUGAGAACGGACAGAUUGUCAUACAGAAUAAGCAUGGCAUUAUUAGUAUUUAUAAUGAGCAGCAACCACCAUCACAACAACAACAACAGCAACAACAACAACCGCAACAGCAGUUCGAACAUCAGCAGCAUAAGCAACAACAGAAAAUUGAUAAAACAAACGUUGCUGCAACAUUGACACAAUUGCCCACAACCACGACUGUUGCACGCAAAUCAAUACAAGCAACAACACAUGCAACAACAACAACACCAACAAGCAAAAGCACAGUAUAUGUUGCCACUAAAGAAAGCGUUGCUAGUGGCGGUGGUGGCACUGGUGCAGUGGCUUCGGUUGCCGGGAGUAGCAGCAGCAGCAGCGGCGGUGGCACUGCAACUGGCAAUACAACCAAUACCAUUCUGCUGCAAACGCCAAUCAAUGCUAGCCAAUUGGAGUCGGUGUUGCUGCAUACGGCGAAUAUGAAGAAAUCGUCCGCCAAUGCUACAGCCGCAGAUCGCCAGUAUCUCUUCAAAACGGCCUCGCGCAGCCUUAGCACCGACAGCAAUCGUCUGGGACGAGCCAAAGAAAGCGGUAACGGCAGCGGCAUCAUGGGCAGCGGCAGUUUGAGCAGCAAUAGCGAUAGCAGCAACAGUGUCGCCAGCAAAGCACCAUUCGUGCUGCAAACACUCAAACGCUUGGAGAAGUCACAAUCCAUACUAGUCAUACGCAAUCCUUCUGCCUCAUCGUUGGCUGCGCUCACAGCUUCUGCUUCUGCAUCAUCGCUUUCCACUGCCGUCUCCACGGCGAACAACAACAUCGUCGAGCGUAUGCCAUCCAAUACACUAUUUUCAUCUUCCUCUGCUUCCUCGUCUACGUCGGGCUCAACGUUGUCAGUGGCCUCGGCACAUGUGGCAACACCAGCAGCAGCGCAGACGGUUAGUGUCAGCACCAACACACAAACGGGCGCUUUGAGCUUCACACGUGCCACUAAAAGUCAACAGACUACAGGCACCACUGCUGGUGUGUCAGCCUCAGCCAUGACAACAACAACUAGGUUGGGCAAUAUCACAGUGAAUCGUACUAGCGGCAAUGUGCCAUCAUUAGUUGCGAUGACAAAGAAAUCGGCGAUGCCCGCUGCUGUUGCUGCCACAACAGCUUCAACACAUUUUCGUUUAGCCAAUGCAACAACAGUGUUUGCCAAUAAUAGCGCAAGCAAUAAUAACAAUGCGAGCGUCAAUGGUGUGGGUGUGGGUAAAGUUGUGGUGGUCAGUGGCAGUAAAAGCCAUAAUACAGUUGCGGCAAGUACUAACAAAAAUAUUGGCACAAGUGGCAUGAGAAUUGUUGACACUCAAGCAACGCAACAGCAGCAACAACAACCACAGCAGGAAACGCAAAUAUGUCUAUCGGAUGUCCAGUUGAAAUUAGAUACACGUGGAGGCGCAGGAGGUGUAGUCAUAUCAGCGCCACAUCAGCAGCAGCAGGAGCAGCAAUCAACAACAACUACCGUACAUCAGCAACAGCAACAGCAACCACAACAGAAGCAACAACAGCAAAAACAUUCAGUGUCAAAUGUGCCUCGCGGGAGCGAUGGCGAACCUAUCAAACUUCCAGACAAUUUGGAAAGCUUGCCAAGAGCUGACAGUUUCCCGUCACAGCGACAUCGGUGGAAUACAAAUGAGGAAAUCGCUGCAAUUCUUAUUAGUUUUGAUAAGCAUAAUGAGUGGCAGUCCAAGGAAGUCAAAACCAGGCCAAAAAGCGGUUCACUGCUGCUGUACUCGCGCAAAAAGGUGCGCUACCGACGCGACGGCUAUUGUUGGAAGAAGCGCAAAGAUGGCAAAACGACGCGCGAGGAUCACAUGAAGUUAAAAGUGCAAGGAACAGAGUGCAUCUAUGGCUGUUAUGUACACUCUGCCAUUCUGCCAACGUUCCAUCGCAGGUGCUAUUGGUUGUUACAGAAUCCUGAUAUUGUUUUGGUUCACUACCUAAACGUUCCAUAUCCGGACGAUAAUAAAAUGGCUGUCAUUGCGCCGAGCAUCACACUGUGGAGCGAUAAGAAAGAGUGGACCAAAGAUGAGCUUGUUAGUCAACUGAAACCUAUGUUGUCCACAGUUACCUCUGACGACGAUUCGGACUCCGGCAACGAUAUUGAAAUAUCAACGGCCGAGACCGUUGAAUCGCUGGUGUGUCAAUUGAUGGAGAAACAGCGCCUAUCCCGUCAAGCUGCGCUAGUCAAACAGCUGGACUGUGGUUGUGGUGAUGCCUCGUGUGCCGACGGCAAAACUUGCUCGCAUCCAGUUAUGCGGCGGCCAGCAUUAUUGAAGUCGGUGAGCAGCGAGAAGCGACUCAGCCUUAGCGAUAGCUACGGGCAGGGGGCAAGCGGCAGUACACCGAACAUUGUAGUUGGACAGAAGCUUUAUUCGCGUUGGUCGGAACGCCGUCUGCGCGACGCAGGCGAACAGCAGCACCAUCAUCAAUAUCAGCACACACACCACAUACAACAGCAGACUCUGCCACAAGAAUCGGCGAUAAAAUUCCAAAUCAUUCCACCACAACACAACGAACAACAACAACAACAGGCUUCCUAUCAGCAACAACAACAGCAUUAUCGCCAGCAGCUGGCUGCACGUAACAGUAUGCUAAUGCAACAACAACAGCAGCAACUACAACACCAUCAACAGCAGCAACAGCAACAACAACAACAACAGCAACAGCAGCAGCAAUCAAAUUUCAAUCAGAGCUCAUCAACAAUUUCCAACAGCAAUCAUAACAAUCAAUUAAAUUUACAACGAUUUGUAGCUAAUCACGGCACUAACCACAAUCACAAUAACAAUAGCAACAGCAACAACAAUAAUGGCAGCAGCAACACCAGCAGUAAUAAUAAUGUCAGCAAUGGCAAUAAUAAUAAUUCACAUCGCUUGCAAAUAACAAAAGCAACAAUGGCAGCUACCCCGGCGGCAGCAGCAGCGGCAGUCAUCGAGCAGCAAGGAGUUGGUGGUGGUAUGGGCAGCGCAAUGGCAGUGAAUGAGGGUGAACUAAUUGGAAAUCCCAGCCACAUGUCCGCAAAUGCCCAACAGGCGAACACCCAUAAUACCGUUAACCGCAACAGUAGUGAUGAUGUAGGUGGUGGCAGUAGUCAAUUAGUAUUGACACCUCACCAGCAGCAACAACACCAACAACAAAAUAUCAUAAAUAAUAAUAGCAAUUACAACUUCAAUAAGCAUCAACAGCUGCAACAACAACAACAAGAUGCUUCCUCAUCUUCAACUUCUUCCACACAACAGCAAGAAUUCUACAAUAGACUGCAGCAGCAACAGCAACAACAACAACAGAAACAAACAACGAAUGACAUAAAUAUGUCCUCCGUCACCACCAAUUCUUCUACCCAAUCUCAACAGCAACAACAGCAGCAGCUGCAACACCACCACUCCCAUUCGCAAUCACAAAUGCACACACACCAACAGCGCCCUCAUUCGCAAUCGCAGUCACAACUAGCACAGCAACAACAACAAUCAGCAAAUACAACGACAUUGAAUAUUUCCUCGACGACAUUUUCAUCGUCAUCAUCGCCAUCAACGUCAUCAUUGUCGACAGUCGAACCGAUGUGUAUGUCGCCAGAGCAUCAGCCUUCGACACCAGUAAGCCCGACCACUUUAGGUUUAAGUAGCAGUGGUGGCGAUCCCUUGCAGCAGCAUCAACAUCAGCAGCAACAACAACAGCAACCGCACACACAACCGCACGAUGGUACUUCUUCAAUAGCGACACCUUCAUCGUCGCCCAUUUCGGGCCAGUCGAUUAUGAAUGCUAAUGUGGGUCAUCAUAAACAAUCGGCCAUUGGCGAAGCAUUGGCUGCCGACACCGCAAGUGUCGUAGAUGAAAAUUUAAUUGGCAAACAUGCCAGUGAACUGAAGGAACCGAAUGCGACGACGGUGGUGAUUGCUGGCGAUGCGGUAGAGAUGUCGUCGGGCAGUGAUGUUGAACAAAAUACGAAUACUUCCAAAAACAACAACAACCACAACAAUUGUAACGGCAACAAUCAAGUAACAGAGUACAACAGCAACAGCGCUACAGAAGGUUGUGUAAAUAUUGGUGCUUCCAAUGAUGGUGCCACAGUAAACAAUGUACAACACCAGCAACUACAAGAAAAUUGUGAAACAGAACAACAGCAACAACAAACACAUACAAUUGACUUUGAAUCGCUGGAAUUGAGCAACAAUGGUAAUGCUAUUGGUCAGCAACAGCAACAGCAACACCAACAACGACAACGACAACCAGCUUCACAUUCCACGCACGAUUUGAACGAUUCAUUGAGCUUCCUUAACGAGACACUCGAUCUCUCACAGGAAGACAUACAACGCACGCUUAUAGCGAAUAUGCCUUUCGGUCCUACGAAUGGGAAAAUGACAUCCUCAGCUGCUGCAGUAGCAGCGGCAGCUGCAGCAGCAGCGGCGGUGGAGGCUCAAAUGCUCAGCUCCAUAGAUUUUUUGAGUGGUGAUUGCGCAGCUCAAAGCGAUGAUGAGAUCCUUGUACCAGGCGUUAGUUGUGAAGGUGACGAUGAGGAUGCUGACGAUGUAUUUGCCAACUUGGAUGCUUUCGAUAUGUUAGUCGAAUUCCCCGAAUUGGAUUUGGAUGAUAAGGAAGCGCUAUCGAAUACAGUGCAACAGCAGCAUUUGCAACAGCAACAACACCAACAACAACUUGUGCAGCAGCAGCAACAACAACUUACGCAGCAGCAGCAACAACAGACCGAAGUGCAUGGUGCAUUAGUGCAGCAAAGCAACGGACAACUGCACUGCAGCGCUGACCUGGGAGGUGGCGCGAAGAAGCCAUUAAGCAUUUGUGAUUUCAGUCCAGAGUGGGCAUACACAGACGGCGGCGUAAAGGUGCUAGUGGUUGGUCCAUGGACUGCAAAUGCUACGUACACGCUGCUCUUCGAUGCACAACCGGUGCCGACGCAGCUAAUACAGGAGGGCGUACUGCGCUGCUACUGUCCACCGCACGAGGCCGGUUUCGCUGCGUUGCAAGUCUCUUGCAACAACUAUGUAAUCUCCGAUACAGUGCUGUUCGAGUACAAGACGAUGUUGUGUCAAGAGGCACCUUUAGAUGCGCACACUAACGAUUGUCUGUACAAGUUUACGCUGCUCAAUCGAUUGGCAUUGAUUGACGAGAAGAUGCAAGUGAAAGUGGAGGCGUCAGCGACGCUGUUUGAACAACAAACACUUUCGCUGCACAAAAAUUUCGAAGAGCAAUUGGUCAGCUAUUGUCAGCAGCUUAUGAAACGCGCAUGGCUGCAGAAUGGCAGCAACUGGAGCGGUGGCUACAAAAGUAUGACUUUAUUACAUUUGUCCGCGGCGCUUGGCUACUCUAAGCUGGUUUGUGCUUUGCUCAAUUGGCGCGCUGAGAAUCCGAAUAUCAUACUAGAGACUGAGAUCGAUGCGCUGAGUCGAGAUGUUUAUGGUUAUACACCAUUGGCCUGGGCUUGUUCACGCAAUCAUAUCGAAAUGGCGAGUUUACUAUAUAAAUGGAACCACAACGCUUUGAAAAUCAAGGAUAAUGGGCAGCAAACGCCAUUGGACAUCGCUCAUUUUAAAGGCCAUAAAGCUCUCAUGUCGGAAAUUUAUCGCCUAGAAGAGGAACGACUAAAACAAACUAAGAAGAGCACUUUUGGAAAUUUAUCGCUCAGUCUCAAUAAAUAUUCCCUAACUGAUAUACAUUCAAAAUCAUUAAAUGCCAACGAACAAUUGUAUAAUGUCAAAGACAACGAACACGUAUUCAAUACUUUUGAUGCUUUGGAUAUGCAACGCAGUCAUGAUGGUGUAUUUUUGCGUCCUGUAGCUGUGGCAAGCAACCAAAGUCCACCGAAUGCCAGUCGCUUUUCCAAACGCUCCUCCGUAGAUAGUGGCAUCAAUAUGGAUAUUCGCACCAAGCCAGGCAAAUCCUUCAAGGACAUAACCCGUAUGCAAAGUUUCGAUGCACAUGACAAUUUCAACUUGGCCGUAGAGUCAUCUUUGGACACGCUGGCCACGACAAGUACAACGAAUUCCCUGCUUUCGCCAUCGCGCAAAAUGGACUUUGCAUUGUGCGAGGUAUCAACUGGCGAUUCAAGUCCCUUACCCGACAAAGAUCACGAUGAUACAUCAACGAUCAAUAAUGAUGAUGUAAACGAUGUGACUAUAAAUAAUGAGAACGAUGGUAUUGUAGGGGAUUCUGAUGCCAAAGUGCUCACCUUGGCCGAACAUAUUAUUGCCGCCAUGCCGGAGCGCAUCAAGAAUGAAGCCGAUGAAAUGAUGGUGCUCGGCAGUCCACUAACUGAACCGCUCAACUCCGAUUCACCGAGCUUAAAUAAUGGCUUCAUGGACCCACUUGAUUCGUUGCCCAAUACACAUUUUGAAAGCUUUGAUUUCAAUGAUCACAGCUAUCGUUAUCAUGAUGUUAGCACACCUUGCUCUAGUCUAAGUCCUGCUAGUUCGGGCCCCUUACAGUCACCAGCCAGUUACUCGAUACUCGGCGCUGAUCCCUCGGUUAGCUCGCCAAGUCCACCGCCCUCAACAAAGCAGUUGACCGAAUUUUUGCAUGCCUCCAGCAGCAGUCAAUAUCCAUUUGAGGCUGAUUUUUCGAAGCUGACGUUAACUGACACCGAACAACGCGAAUUGUAUGAAGCCGCCAAAUGCAUACAGAAGGCAUAUCGCUCUUAUAAGGGCCGCCAAAAGUUAGAAGAGCAAAAUAAGGAGCGUACUGCUGCCAUUGUUAUACAGAAUUACUAUCGUCGCUACAAGCAGUAUGCCUACUAUCGACAGAUGACAAAUGCGGCGCUUGUCAUUCAGCAUGGCUAUCGUUCUUAUUGUCGUAAUAAACGUUUUAAGAAAUCACAAUCCUCCUCCAUAUCGACGGGCAUUGAGUUGUCUGUGGGUAAUAGUCCGAGCAGCCCAACUUCACAGUGUCUAUCGAGUUUUUACGAUCACUUCCGCAACGAUCAACAGCAGCAGCAACAACACGAAUAUAAUUCGCAGCCCAGCACACCUAAAGAGACUAGUCCGUCUGGUCCUCUGAAACGUACUUACUCACAAUCAACGCAAAAUCAAGCUGCCAGAAAAAUUCAACAGUUCAUGAGACAAUCACGGAUUAAACUGCAGAGAGAACGAGCCGAAAAAGAGAAGCUGGUGCACCAACGCAGGGCGGAAUACCUUCAAAGCUUGCAGUAUCAAGGACAACCGGAAAUUGUCUGCCAAAUCGAAAGAAAUGAAAUGCCAGUGCAAACUAUUACAAAUGAGCUUCUCAACCAAAACAACACAAACCGCAACUGCAAUAAUAGUAGCAACAAUGCUUUCAACUUCAAUUUGAGUCAAAAUCAGCAAUGAGUGGAAAAGGAAAUUAAAUUGGGCGAAAUGGUGAAAACUUUAUUUUGCGCGAGGAAGUUUUUGUGCAACAUAUGAAUGCUUCUUUGGCUUCGCUUGGAGUUUACAUGAAAGAGUUAUAAGCAAGAGCGAAAGCGCUUUUCUACAAAGGAAAGUUCUUUAAGAAAUUAAAGCUCUAUUUGGAAGUUAAAGCUUCUCUCAUGAGUGAAAGCGCCUUUUACAUGGAAAAGCUAUGUUUACUAGUGAAAGAUGUUUUCCGAAUGUUAAAACUCGUAUCCAUUGGCGAAAGCUCUUUUUGCAAGUGAAAGCUUUUUUCGUUAGUGAAUGCUCUUUGGUAAUGUUAAAGUUUCGGCGUAUGAAUGAGAGUAUGACACUGCAUUGCUUGACACUACUCAACAUUUACCAACCAUGUAGAACAGAAUUGACUCGUAAAAAUACUUAUAUGCUUAUAUACAAUACACAUUGAAAUACAUACAUAUAUUGGUAUUGUUUAUAUAUACUAUAUAUACCUAGGUACUUACACUUAUAUGUACAUACAUAUAUGACAUAUAUGACAUACAUGCGUAUAUGCAUAUAAUUAAAAGCAAAAUAUAUAUAAACUUCGACUAAUUGUAAAUCUUUACAUAAAUAGCUUUAUUAAACUGAGUGAAACUUUCUAUUCGAAACUUUUUGAAUUAGAAUUGUAGUACAUAUGUACGUACACACAUACAUACAUAUUUAUAAUUUGUUAUAUUGUAUUUUAUUACUACUAAAGAGACAAAGUACUGUACAUUUUAUGUGAAUUUUUUAAUUUAUACUUUCGCUAUUGCACGGUUCUGUAGAAAACUUAGCAUUUUCUUCUUUGAUAAAGCAGUUCCAAAACUGAAUUUAAACGAACAUUUUUAUUAAAAGAAAAAACUAUAUAUAGAUAUAUAUACUAUAUUGAAAAUGUUGAAGUAAAAGUUUAAUGAUGAAGUUGAAGAAAAGAAAAA